GAUGCAUUAAAUGUGAGUUCCUUUUAUAUAUUGAAGUAACUCGAUUUGACCCAGAUUGUCUCUGAUAAAAAUGGAGAAAAAAAACACAAACUGGAGUUUAUCAAAGUGAAUAUCAGUAGGUUUUAGAAGCGGUAGAGUGGAUGAAUUCUAUGGCAUGUCUGAUGUGAUUUGUUUGCAAGCCUACGUAGGGUUCUAGUGAUAAGAAGAAGAUACAGAGUAUAGGGAUUCGCUUAGUGUCUGAGUUGUUCCGAGUAAACUGCAACGUAUAGUCAACGGAGGAAAAAGAAACAUUCAAUUCCUCUCGCGGAGCAAAAGGAGCAAACUGACCGCCUCCUGUUUGUUUUUGUGUUUAAUUCUUCUUACUUGGACUUGAAUCAGCAAAAACAUCGUUACAUGUUUUUCUUUUUUCUGUUGGAGUUAAUGUAUUUAGGGUUCGUAUAUUAAAAGAUUCUUGGGGUUAGAUGGUGAAAGCUGUUAAAAACUACCCCUGAAGGUGUUAAGAAAAGUGACUUUUGGCAAGUAAAGCGUCUCGGAGCUGUGGAUAUUAACAGCCUUAGUGAAUAUUACAAUUAAUUAAGGAUUAACAAGGAGAGGCCAUGUGAUCGAAGAUUAUCGUUUGAAGAUCGAGGCCCAACCUUUACUGUUUUUCUACACACGUUUUUCUUGUAAUUAAUAGGAGAGUGUUUUAUCGCCGAUUUUCUUAAUAAUUCAUCUCCGAUGUAAAUUUGAUAUAGAUAAGGUUUCCGACAUUCCUUCUCAACAACCAGUGGCACUUAAAGUAGUUACGCUAUGAGUGCGCGGGCUCAAAGUAUUUGCUGGGUUCAAUAUUUACGGAAAUAACUUUCCUGAGUACCUCCGCUUGUAAUGGGUCAGUAGCUUCGUGACAUUGUUUGGAAUAUCUGGAUUUAUUUAAUAUUUUAUUGUUUUAAAACAAUGGACAGUUUGUUGACAAUUGUGACUUUUGUGCUUUCGAUUUCCGUAUGGACUUCCGCAAUAGAUGUUGGACCAAUCGCUAAAGCCCGAUGUCGAGCAAGGUGCCUGCAAGAGACAUUGCGAGCUCCGUAUGAUGAUAACUCCUGUUUCAAGAGGAAGAGCUGUGAUGUGUGCUGGAAGAUGUGUGAACCCCUCGUUCUGAGGCCUGAAAUAUUCUCAGAAAUUUGUCACAAUGGAGACAAAUGUCAAAAAGGAUGCAAAGUAGCAUGUGAUUUCAAGGCAAACAUUUUGAACACAGCAUCUCCUAAUACUGGUCAAUGGAUGUUCAGCAUUGAACCAGUGGUGAUACCAUUCAAAAGGACACAGAAAAUAGAAAUAGCGUGGGACACCCCCACCUCAGAACAGGUGUCAGGGAAUAGACAGGCCUUUGUUUACGUCCUUAUGGCCAAGGAACCGGUGGGGACACCACAAACCAGGGCCUGGACAGAAGUCAUACAGACAGCCUCUAGGAAUGUGGUGCUGAAGAGAGAGAUCCUUCUCCACAGUACCGAGUUCUGGCUGGUCGCAGUGACAGAGAACGGAACCGCAACUGACGUCCAUUUCCAAGAGAACGACAAGCUUAUCUCAGAGGUGAUGUAUCCUCCAUCAGGUUCCUUAACUGCCAGUACAAACCGUGGAUCCUCGGUCAACACCCCCCUCCAGGUUAACUACACCAUCACUGAGGACCCCCUAGAUACCACCCUCUCCGCUCUCGUCCAGUGGUCCAACCCGCCCCUCCCUUUGGGGGAGGGGGACGCCUACACGGUGACCUGGUUUAUGGAGAACUGUCAGAUUUGGGAGUACUCCCCACCUUGUGAUCAACCGGCUGACCAUUACUCACACACUGUGUUUUAUUCCAAGGACAAAGAGCCCUCUUAUGUGAUCAAGUCCCUGAUGUACAACUCACUAUACAAUCUGAGAGUGGACCUUAGCCUUGCCAGUCGCAAUACGAAGAAAAAAUGGUACGGACAAGUCGAAUUUAAAACGGAACUCUGUGAAGAUGUGGACACGAAGACAUACACGAAAUGUAACCAUAACUACGUCGUCAACAAUGGAUCUGCUGUCACAGACUCGAAUAAGCCCACCGGCGCAGACACAGUGGAUGAUGAAGAAGACCCUUUGGUUUGGUACCUAAACAUUGUAUCCAUGACGUAUGACAUAGAUACAGAUCGCGUCACGGCAAACGUCUCCUGGAUGGUGCCAUAUAAUACGUCAUACAUCCGCGGCUACUCCGUCGCCUGGAAACUCGUAGACACUGACUCCUACAAGCUGGACUCUAGCUACAAGCACACAGUCACCAACCACAGUUUCUAUGUCAUGUCCUUAGACCCCAAUAAGGAGUAUGAAGUUCAGGUGGUACCUGUUUUCAAGGAUAACAAUGAGGGCUCCUUCAUAGGAAACAACCAGGAGAGUGAGCGGUUGGUCUUUAACACUACAUGGUACAAGUCCAUGCCUCCGACACCCAGAACAGGCAUGAGAAGAGAUCAACCAACAGUGAAGCAGUCCAGAAUGCAGGGGGUCCUGGACAAGGUGAUAAUCGGGAUCGCGAUGAUUGCCAGUAUCACCCUCCUCGGACUCAUCAUGCUCUUUGUGUACAAGAAACGCCACAGCUUCAAGGACAUCAUUAUCACCAAGUCAACCGUCGCCAAGAGCAACAGCUACAAGUCCAAUGUGGGAUGUAAGGUAGACUACUCCAAUCAGUUACUGGUGAUCAGUGAUGAGUGGGAGUUGGAUCCCCGUCUACUCAAAUUCAGCAGCCCCAUUGGUCAGGGGGCAUUUGGGAAAGUGGUAACUGGUUACUAUGAGAACCAAAGAGUAGCCAUUAAAUUAGUCAGAGACAGUGCACCCUUAUCCUACAAAGAAGAUCUUUUGGCGGAGAUCAACUUGAUGAAAAGAAUCGGUUCUCACCCCAAUAUUGUAUCCAUGUCAGGGGCCUGCACUCUGUCAGAGCCCAUAGCUUUGGUGAUGGAAUAUGUCCCCUAUGGAAACCUUCAAAAUUUUCUCAAAAAGUGCCGCUUAGAAGGGGAUUUCCAGAAGCGUAUAGGUCGUCCUAGUGAAGUGGUAUACUCUCUAAUGGAUGAGAGUGGUGGUAUUGAUAGUGGUGUUAUAACUCCGGCAGACAUGCUGUCCUUCGCCAGACAAACUGCAAUGGCAAUGGAGUACCUGGCAGCAAAGAAAUACGUUCACCGAGAUUUAGCAGCCAGAAACGUUCUUCUGGGUUACGACAAAGUUGUAAAAGUCUGUGACUUUGGUCUGUCCCGGGACAUUUACAAUGACAACCAAUACCAUAAGAUAACCAGUGGGAAGCUCCCCCUCAAGUGGAUGGCCAUCGAGUCUCUGAGGGACCGCAUCUUCACCACCCAGAGUGACGUCUGGUCCUUCGGAAUCUUGAUGUGGGAGAUCAUCACGAUGGGUGGUUCCCCAUACCCAAAUAUAGCAUUAGCAGAUCUUUACUAUGUUCUAGCCAAUGGUUACAGAAUGGAGAAACCCAGUAAUUGUUCAUCAGAAUUAUAUACGAUCAUGCGCCAAUGCUGGAUCGAGAGUCCGUCAGAGCGUCCUAAUUUCACAGACCUGAGAGUUCAGAUAGAACAGUUGUUGUCAAGGGACAGAAAUUAUUUAGAUUUAGAUAACAUAGAUGCUCCUUUGUCAACAUCAGAAAGCAGUAGUUCUCCUAAAUCUGAUGAUUCUGACACUAUGUCUCUGCUCAACACACGACCGUCUGCUCACAGGGUAAUUCCAGGGCAGUCGUCAAGGAGACCGGGAACCAGUUCACCGGGUACCAGUCGGUCUGGGCCCCAGAAGACAGUUACCAUAGCGACAGACCCUGUGACUGUUGUGUGUAUUGAGAACUCAGAUCAGUGGUAUAUGAAAGGAGGGCAAUCAGAAAGCUCAUCAUAGCCGUUAUAAAAAAUUCUACGUUUUCUGUUAUGAAAUAUGAAAAAAUUGAAUGACACUGACACGAAACUGCACAAAGACAAGAAUGGAGGAAAAAUGUUCCUCCAAAUGUGCAAUGGUUGUCUUUAUUGUUGACUCGUUGAAGUGAACUGCUCAAUAUUGUGCAGUAAAUAUAUGGACUGUGAUAGCCCAGUGUUGAGAAAACUGUGUUCACUGUGCCAGCACUAUUGUGCUUAGGUGUGCUUCAAGCCAGUGUACCAGCACAGCACAUUGUGUGUGCUUCUAGAAACACUAAGAAAAAUGUCUUUAAUAAGGCUUGCUGUGAUUAUGUUUAUUUUUUUGAAAAUAUGUCAUUGUUUUGAAUUUACAAUGUAGAUCUGUAAAUAUUUAUAUAUUUAUAUUUUGCAAUAGUAAUUUAUUUUGUUGUUGGGGGAAUGUUCUCCAUAUGAUGUGUUUAUUAUGAUAGGGCCAGUACAUUUUUACACUACAUCCUGUAUUAUUAACUGUAUGGGUAACAGAAUUUUGGCAGAGUUUGACCCCUUUCUUGUUUGUUGAUUUGAGAUUUUUUCAGAGACAAGAUUAAUGUGCUGAAGUGUAAAAUAACGAACAAACAACAAAUUUCGGAGCUAGAAUUCAACAACAAUUUAACAACAUACCGGUAUUUUAAUAUUUGCCUAAAAAAUAAGUAUGCAAAUAAAUAAACAAUUAUAACAUAUAACUCAUGUACAUGUAUAUGACUUCAUGUACAAUGUAACACAUCCAUCUUAUUCAUCUCUCAUCAAAACGUACUUCUUGAGUCAAUGGUUCCUAGUUUAAAUAAAACUUUACGUUGAAGGGAAUUGAGAUUUUGAAAACAUGUUUUUUUUCAAGUGGUGCUUAAAAGGGGUGAAUAUUUGCUAAGGUUGUUCAGAAUUAAGAAUCUCAAAUACACUAAUGAAGUUUGAUUGUUUGAAUGAAUUUC